AUGUUGUCGAUACCACAGUUGGAUAAUAGCGACAAAGCUCAUUAUGGGCAUCAAUUGCUGUCUACUGUUUCCGAACAAUCAAUUGAGCUUUCUGUCUGGACGGACGACGAUCGAAAAGAGCUGGUCUCGCCAACGAAAGUCAGCAAGCCAUGGAAAUCAGUGACUCAGAAGGCAUACUUUCUUGUGUCUACUAUACUGGCUUCUGGAACACUAAUUGCUGUUCUGCAAGUAUACUUGGAACGGAGUAUCCGGGAUACAGGCAUUCUGUUCGCUCCGAAGAUUGAUGAUCUUCCGUUACACCAAACGUUUUGUUAUCUAUAUCUGCCGACGAUUAUAUUGCUAGCGCUCAGUUUCGUCUGGACUUGGAUCGAUCUCGAUGUCAAAAGGCUUGAGCCAUUCGUACACUUUUCUCGUCCAAACGGCGCCCUGGGCAAAGACUCGGUAUUACUACAUUACCCUUUCGAUUUUGUGUUGUUCGUACCGCUGGCCGCCAUACGAAAGAGUAUCUUUGCAACGAAGAUGAUCGAGAAGACUUUGCAAGUUCCUGGGGUCUGGUCUGGGUCACAUCUAUCGUUGCACGAACAGAAAUCUACUCUGACCGGAUUGUAUGCUCAGUCUGUAUACAACAUCGCUUGGCUGAACGAGAGUCUACCACCGUUCAUGGACCGUGACGGGAUGCUCAAGCCCUUUUCUUUAACACAACACAACGACGAGCUACAGAUCAACGAAACCUGGACGGGGACUACGACACUAUAUUCCGUCGAUGUAAACUGUGAGCAGGCCACAUUCGAGUCAAAUUCCAUUCUGAGCUCAUGGGAAUGUCAGUAUCCAUACAGAUAUAUGAAUAUCCAAACCUCCUCUCUGGAGCGAGAUCAGUACAGUACCAUGUACACAGGUCAUUGGUAUGAAGAAAGUAUGGAUUCUUACCUAAAGGGCUUGUGUCCCAAGGAGGCAAAUCAAACCUUCCUUGUUGGAUGGAUCUCUGGAGUACCUGAUGCCCAGGAUGAUGAAGAACAUCACCAGAACAUCAAUACUACGAUCUGGUGUAGACCUUUCUACUAUCAGCAGAAGGUGAAAGCAACAGUAGUUCCGCCAAAGAUGACCGUCGUAGACAUCAUUACCAUCGGUCCAAAGGAGUCGCUACCAAGCAAGAUACUCAAUACCACUGAUUUUGAGUGGAGCAUGAGUCAAGGUUACGAGGUGAACAAUAACCGAGGAAGCUUUCUUACAUCUUCGUGGCCAGACCCGAAAGAGAAGAUCAGGGCUAGAUUUCCAGAGCUGUACUGGGACUCUUUUCUGCCUAACAUGGCAAGUUUAGCACUCGGUGCUUACCAGCGACCCACCUCAGACUAUCUCAAUCGUGAGACACUUGGGAAUUCCUACCAGGCUGCUUAUCGUUUGUUACUCGCACGGAAGUUGGCCGACGUUUUCUCGACCACGUUUACUGAUGCUGAUACUAUGUUGGCCACACGUCAAUAUCAAACUCAAACAGUGAUUAUGGUGCCCUCUUUUGUGUACGCGGUUGAAGGAAUACUAGCGGUGACUUUCGUCGUCGCUUUACUUGUUAUUGGGAUACCUUCCUGGAAGAGGACCCAUCUCACAUCUGAACCUGCAAGCAUAGCGUCAAUUAUGGCCAUGUCGAGCGACGAUCCUAUACUUGUGUAUACAAUGGCCAAGGAGGAUCGGGCGACUUCUGAAGAGUUAGACGCGCUCUAUGGACAGACGCAGUUUGUGCUGAGAGAGGGGGCUGUCGACCGGGGAUCGAUCUUGUCCUGUGUAGACUCACCGCUGCCGUCCGAAACGAUACCCAAUCCAGAGACCGUCCUGCCGAUCGAACUUUCCUGGAUAUUUGGUUCAGGAUUCUUGAGCCUGCAGAUUGUGGUUGCUGCUGCCCUCGUCUACACAUAUAUGCGUACUAAUCUAGAAAACGGUUUACCCCUUCCUUCGACCUCUGUUUUCGUGAAUCAGAUCGUCAUAAAAACCCUAUGUAUGCUGCAACCUCACAAGCGGCUCCAAAAGGGCAAAACCGCACCAUCUCGGGCAAUAACGAUAGACUACAACUCAUUACCGCCACAAGCCGUUGUUUUCAAAGUACUGUGGGAAGGAGAUAUAUCCAUCGCCUCAGUCUGUUGUGUGAUGACGCUCUUGGCGAAUGUUCUCUCAGUAGCCUUCAGUAAUGUACUUCAUGAGCGGACGACUAUGGUGUCGACUCCCCAGAACUUCACAACAAAGUAUGACCUCUCAAUCAAUGGGUCAGGUAUACCUCGCUCCACAUUUGGUCAUUUCUAUAUCGCCGUGUCAAACUCCACCGCUGGAACUCCUUUGCCUGCCUGGACCGAUGAAUCAUUCUUUUACAUCCCUUUUGAGAUACCCGAUCUGACCAACACUUCAGCAAGACUUUUUCGUGGACGAACGCCAGCUAUAAGUGCAUCGCUGAGGUGUCUGGAACAGGUGAAAAUUAAUGGAAGCUCGACCUGGGAAGUGUCUGCUGGGAGUUCCGGAUGCGACUCCACAACACUGUCGUAUCAUAAGGACAUCCAAUCUCAACACCCAAACGCUACAGAGGUUAUGUCUUUUUCGAGUAAACUGUCCGCCAAGAAUGCCGACCUAGACCGUGGUCUGACAGUACUAGCCGGAUGGGAGAGAUCAUCAACGAGACCGAGAAACGACUCUUCGACCAUAUCCAAGGUCGGAUGUCAACCUGAAAUACACGUUGAGAUUCGUGAAGUCACAGUUAACAGUCAAGGGCUCGUCCAGUCGUCAUCCACUGUGGACGACAUUGCGGGUGACCAGAACACUGACCUCGACCUAAAUUCAACAAGCAUAAUCGAUGCGGUUCAUGAAUUGUUAGACUAUAGCAACGUUCCGAGGUAUCCCGACUUCCUCAACUUUCUAAUGGUUCAGAGACUGAAGAGCUCUGCGAUCCUCGAUCCUGGAGUUCCGCCACCAUGCUUCGACGUCACAGUUCCGGUGCUGAAAGCAUUGUACAGAAGCAUCUUCGCGAUCAUACUUGGUGCGCACAUUUCUACCAUCCUUUCUGAGUCUAGGCAGACUACCACUAUCACCGGCUCGACUCUUGCCCCAGAGGUGCGAGUUUUCGUCUCGAAAUCUACGUUCAGCAUAUCUGCCGCCAUUCUAGGAUUGUAUGUGUUGGUGACUAUUGCACUAUAUGUUCGUCGACUAUGGAAGACUCUCCCUCGCAUGCCGACGACGAUAGCGAGUGAGAUCGCGUUCUUCGCUGCCAGUCAUGCAUUGAAUGAUUUUACAGACACUUCGAGAAUGCCAGAGAGACAUCGCAACUUGCAUAUCGGUGGACUUAGACGGAGAUAUGGAUACGGGAGAUUCGUGGAUACAGACGGGAAGACGCACAUUGGUAUAGAGCGAGAGCCGCUUGUACGGGUCCUGUCGAAAGCAGAUGUACAGUCCAUGCAGAAGACGGCGAUGGCGGAGUGA